AUGGCCAUGUAUAAGAUCCAGGCUUUGGCAGUGCAAUUCCUUACCACUACACCACCGGAGCUCAAAAGUGUCUUAGUACGGCAGACUGUGCUGUGUUACCACCGCUGCUGCUGCUGUCGUGCCAGCCCCUCGGGUCUCCCGGAGGCUGGGCGACACUCCAUAACGGGAGACAAACCAAUUCAGGAACAGAUUGGGUCCAGCUUCAUUCAACAUUACUACCAGUUAUUUGAUAAGGACAGAGUCCAACCAGGAGCAAUUUAUAUUGACACAUCAUACCUUACAUGGGAAGGACAACAGUUCCAGGGGAAAGCUGCCAUUGUGGAGAAAUGGUCUAGCCUUCCGUUCCAGAAAAUCCCGCACAGCAUCACGUCGCAGGACCAUCAGCCCACGCCAGAUAGCUGUAUCCUCAGCAUGGUUGUGGGCCAGCUCAAGGCUAAUGAAGACCCCAUCAUGGGCUUUCAUCAGAUGUUCCUGUUAAAGAAUAUCAAUGAUGCUUGUGUUUGCACCAAUGAUAUGUUCAGGCUUUCUCUGCACAACUUCAGCUGA